AUGACUGCUUCUCUGUCAGAGAAGAGAGAGGCCACUGUGGACCACAGCGAUACCGUCCCAGAUGUUGGCACGGCGGUCCAGCUGGCCCACGCGGCCGAGGAAAGGAAGUCGUCCCCAUGGACUCCGUCCAUGUUCCGCCUCUACCUCGUCCUAGCCUGCGCCUAUUUGUGCGGCUGCCUUAACGGGUACGAUGGUUCACUUAUGGGCGGCCUGAACGGCAUGACCUCCUACCAAAAGUUCUUCGGCAUGCAAGUGGCCGAUUCAAGCACCGGACUGGUCUUUGCAAUGUAUAACAUCGGCUCCGUGGCCGCUGUUUUCUUCACCGGCCCGGUCAACGACUACUUCGGACGCCGAUGGGGCAUGAUAACUGGCGCGGCUAUCGUCAUCAUCGGCACGUGCGUGCAGGCCCCCUGCCAUAGCCGUGGCCAAUUCUUAGGCGGCCGAUUUGUCCUCGGGUUCGGCGUCAGCUUCUGCUGCGUGUCGGCGCCAUGCUACGUGAGCGAGAUGGCGCACCCGCGAUGGCGCGGCACGCUCACUGGACUGUACAAUUGCACUUGGUACAUUGGCAGUAUCAUUGCAAGCUGGGUCGUCUACGGCUGUAGCUACCUGGACAGCAACUCCGCUUGGCGCAUCCCCAUCUGGUGCCAGAUGAUUACAUCUGGCAUCGUCGUGUUGGGAACCUUUUGGCUUCCGGAGUCUCCUCGAUGGCUCAUGGCCCAAGACCGACACGCCGAUGCCGCCAAGGUCCUCGCGACAUACCAUGGAGAAGGCGAUGAGAAGCAUCCUUUGGUGCAGCUCCAACUGCACGAGAUGUCCCAGCAGAUCUCGGCCGAGGCGUCUGACAAGAAGUGGUGGGACUACCACGAGCUCUGGAACACGCACAGCGCUCGCCGCCGCCUGAUUUGCGUCCUGGGCAUGGCAAUUUUUGGCCAGAUUAGCGGCAACAGCUUGAGCUCUUACUAUCUCCCCGCCAUGCUCAAGAACGCUGGCAUCACGGACGAGCACAAGGUAUUGGCGCUGAACGGCGUUAAUCCGGUGCUCAGCUUUCUAGGCGCCAUCUUGGGUGCUCGCCUCACGGAUGUCAUCGGCCGCCGACCCUUACUCCUAUACUCGAUCGUAUUCUGCUCGUGCUGCUUUGCAGUCAUGACGGGGACGAGCAAGGUCUCACUUGACCAGCCCGACAACACGGCUGCCGCCAACAGCACUGUCGCGUUCAUCUUCAUAUUCGGCAUCGUCUUUUCGUUUGGCUGGACCCCGCUGCAGUCUAUGUACAUUGCCGAGACACAGCCAACGGCGACUCGUGCAAAGGGAACGGCAAUCGGCAAUUUUGCCAGUUCGGCCGCCUCAACUGUCAUCCAGUACAGCAGCGGUCCGGCGUUCGACAAGAUUGGCUACAAGUUCUACCUGGUGUUUGUGUUUUGGGACUUGUUUGAGGCUGUGUUCAUGUACUUUUUCUUCCCUGAAACCAAGGAUCGUACUCUGGAGGAGCUUGCAGAGGUGUUUGAGGCGCCGAAUCCGGUCAAGAAGAGUUUGGAGAAGCGGAGCGCCACAACGGUCAUGAACACUCUCCAGGUCAAGGAUCAGGGCAAGGAAGUGGAGGAUGUUUAA